UGAGGUGCUUAUUCCGCGCUGAGUCGCCCCAGGCUGUGGCUGUGGACGCCGCCUAAUGUUUUCACGCUCCUCCCUUUCCUCCUCCUCUUUCUCCUCCUCCGAGUCCCAGUCAGGCCGACCUGCUCCGCUCGCGGGCAGAAAACUAAGAGCUACCUUGCUACCUUGUCUGGAGUCACAUGGUGACUCUGCAACUUGAUGGACAACGACAACCCUUUUCAACCAAAAAAUAAUUCCAAAAUGGCAGAACUGUUCAUGGAAUGUGAAGAAGAAGAUCUGGAACCAUGGCAGAAGAAAGUAGAAGGAAUUGAGGAUGAAGAUGAUGAUGAGCUGAUCUUUGUUGGAGAGAUACAAAGUUCAAAACCAGCCAUUUCAAAUAUUUUGAACAGAGGUACUCCCAGCUCAUCUUCAAAGGAAUUAAAGACAGUCAGUCAAGGUGUUACUGAUGUUUUCAAGCCUACAAGUGAAUUCUACAAACACCCGACAUCAGAUCCAGUGGCUGCCUUGCCUAGACUUCAUCCUGAAUCUAAAUCUUCACAUAGCUCUGAUACUGUUCAGAGCAUGUCUAAACCUGAUUUUAUAAAGACUUCAUCACAAGAUGAAUCGGAUGAUUCUUCAGAUCUGGUGUUAGACUUGACCCAGGAUUCAACACCACUACGCAAACAUGGAACAACAGUUUAUAUAGAUCUAGAAGAGUCUCCGCCUAUAAUAAUGGAAUAUUGUUCUCUUUCUCAACAAAACGUUGUUAGUCCAAAAAAGCCAAAGAUCACCGAAGGAGUUUCUGACAUAAGUCCUUGUGCUUCAUUGUCUUUAAUGAACACUCCUUCAGUGACAUCCUCCCCUGUCUUGCUAUCGAAAGGUACAAAUACCUCACCAACUCUCCAUAAAACUGCAACACCUCUUGUAAGAUCUUGUCCAAAGUGCAAUGUUCAGUUCAAUCUUUUGGAUCCUUUGAAAUUUCACAUGAAGCGUUGUUGUCCAGACAUGGUAAAUGCAUUUUUGGGAAUGAUUAAAGUGGAACUUUCCAGUACUGAAGAUAAAAAUGAGACUGGUGCAGAGAAAGGAAAAUUGAUUAUGUUAGUUAGUGACUUUUACUAUGGAAGACAUGAAGGAGCUGUUGAUGAGGAAGAGAAGACUUAUACAACAUUUAAAUGCUUCAGUUGCUUGAAAGUUCUUAAAAAUAAUCUUAGGUUUAUGAACCACAUGAAACAUCAUUUGGAACUUGAGAAGCAGAACACUGAGAGCUGGGAAAACCACACCACCUGCCAGCACUGCUACCGUCAGUAUCCCACACCAUUCCAGCUGCAGUGUCACAUUGAGAGCACACACACUCCCCAUGAGUUUUCUACUAUUUGUAAAAUCUGUGAAUUAUCAUUUGAAACAGAACAUACUCUUUUACAACAUAUGAAGGACACUCAUAAACCCGGUGAAAUGCCAUAUGUUUGCCAGGUUUGCCAGUUUAGAUCAUCAACAUUUUCUGAUGUAGAAACUCAUUUUAGAGCAUCCCAUGAAAAUACUAAGAACUUGCUAUGUCCAUUUUGCCUCAAAGUUAGUAGAAUGGCAACCCCCUACAUGAAUCAUUACAUGAAGCAUCAGAAGAAAGGAGUUCAUCGUUGUACAAAAUGCAGACUACAAUUUUUGACCUACAAAGAGAAACUGGAUCACAGGACCCAGCAUCGGACAUUUAUAAAGCCUAAAGAGCUAGAAGGAUUGCCUCCUGGUACAAAAGUUACUAUUCGAGCUUCAGUUGGACCUGUUCGUUCAAGUCUAUCAACUACAUCUUCCAAGGAUACUCCAAGCACUUCUUCUCUUCAGGUCUCACCUUCAAAGUCUACAAGUGAAACUGCUGAAGAUCCUACAAAACCUUAUGAAAGUAAAUAUAAGACAAGAAAGUCUUAUGCAACUACGUCCACUGCAAGUAGUCAAGGUGGAGAUGUAUUUGAAUAUAAAGCAAAAACCUAUCACAAGCAAAAGAAAGAGUGCAACAAGAAGAAUAAAAUCGGCAUAGUUUUGAAGAACUUAAGGUGUCUUCGGGGAGUUCACAAGUGCAUUGAGUGUCGUUCCAAAAUAAAAGAUUUUGCAAGCCACUUUUCAAUAUAUAUCCACUGUAAUUUUUGCAGAUACAAAACAAACUGUAACAAAGCCUUUAUAAAUCAUACGGUGAGCUCUCAUAGCAACCAGCCAACUAAACGGUUUUAUCUUUUUAAGAAGCAUUCUGGAACUCUCAGGGGCAUUACUCUGGUGUGCCUUAAAUGUGAUUUCCUAACUGAUUCUUCUGGUUUAGAUCUUAUGGCUAAACACUUAAGUCAACGUAAAACUCAUACUUGCCAAGUUAUAAUAGAGAAUGUUCCUGGGAGUAUCUCAGCUUCUGGACCCACUUCUGUCCGCUUGUUGAAAUAGAUUCCUGCUCUAUGGAGCUCGUGCAACCUGGUGCAAGACAAGUUGGAAUUUCCUAAGUUCAAAGUUCUGAAGUGUUUUCUUACACAAACGCAUUUUCCUAAGUUCAAAGUUCUGAAGUGUUUUCUCAUACGAAGGCGGUUAAACAGCCAAGUUCAUGACACUAGUUCUCAUUAUUCAGCUCUUUUCAGCUUUCAGAUGGCACUAGAGUCUUAUUCCACCUUAUCUUUGUGUCAGGUUAACAUAUCUUAACAUAUGUUUUUCUCUCCAGUUGGCUCUCUUCAAAAAUAACUUUUGUUGCUAUGGUCUUUUCUUGCUUUGCUUAAAAUAAUUUGUGUUUUUCUCUGUUAUACUUGCUUUCAGAAUAUUGCAUUCCAAAAGAUGUGACUGUUCAUCUUUUUUUGUCUGUUUUGUCUGGUGUCUUAGUUAAUUUCUUAUAAGUCUUACAAUUUUAGAUCAGAUAGCUGUCUUUUUCCUCAUUCCUUGUCUGUCAUUGUUCUAUUUUUCGUAUUUUUCAGAUGCAGAAGCAACACAGAAAUUUCAAAAAAAGUCCAGGGUACUCCUGGUCAGUGUCCCCCUUCGAUGGACACAUCUGAUGCCUGUUCUCUCUUUCCAAGGAAUGUGAAUUGUUUGACUGUGAGACCUCCUCUAGGUUGUGGCCUUAAGAAAUCAGAUCUUAGGGAGAGUCCCUUCCUUCAUGACUGGCCUCCCAUAAGACUGAUGCUAAUGUGGCCAGAGAUGACCUCAAGGCCCACCAAAUUGAGCACAACUUCCCCCUGGGGGCUUUGGUUCUUGAUCUUAAGCUUAUGGGUUGAUUCUGACCAAGGAGAAAGCCCAUCAAAUCAAUGCUUCAACAUCCAAGUUGAAGUUUAAUCAUUUUGGCUGCUGCCCUUUAAUCUUUCUCUAGCAUGCAUGCAGUCCAAGGAAUAUAAAAACUGGUUAUGUAGGGAACCAAGGUUAUUUCCAUGUUCUUGGAAAACAAAUUUCUAAAGUUAGUGAUUUUUACUGUCAUUUAAAGUUUUAUCCAGUGUUAAAAAACCCUAGGAGUUUUCAGCAAUACUAAUAUUCAACUUUUUUAAGUCUAAUUUAAUUUUGUUAUCUUGGUUUUAUGUUGUCUUCACCAAAUUUAUUAAUGUCCGUUUUGUCAUGUCCUCUUUUAUUUCUUUUCUUUAAAACUUGUUUUGUGUUUGUUUUGUUUCAUUAAUAACUCCCCAAAAAAUCCUUACAAUUCUCCACAGAUUUUAUGUAGCUACCUAUUGACUUCUUAAUUUGGUAAUUGUUUAGACCAUUAGACAUUAUUAUAUCCUCUGUCUAUCCUGGGACUAUCAUUAACAUUAUCUUAGUGAUUGUGAGGUCAAAGACAUAAAGAAUUGGCAAAAAACACUUCCUACAGACCUUAAAACAAAUUUUAAAGUUACAUUUUCUGUACAUCUAACACAUAAUGUCUUCUUAGCCAUUAAUGUAACUCCUUUGGAUAAAGAUAAUAUAUCCAGAAAAUAUUGGGACCAAAAACUGCACUUGUUUCUUGCCCAUAUAUAUAUAGAUGUAUAUUUUUUUUUAUUUGGUGUUUGUUUAUUUUGGUUACAUUGAAUAUAGAUUUGCUGAAGAGUUUUGAUGUUAUUACUUAUUUUUUUAAUAAAAUUUGUACUGUUAAAGUGCCUCUGGAAUUAUU